AUGGCUCAACGUCCGCCAACAAUGACUGUCACGACUAGUCUAGGAGUCACAACUAAUAGAGGACAAACUGUACGGAAAAUAAGCGAAUCGGUAUCAAAUUUAGCACAAGACGAACAACGACAACAAAACUAUCUCGAACGUCAGCGCUUAUUAUCUCCCAAAGUCGAACGUUGUCUACAGGAACUAGUUGAACGUGUAUCUAAAUUUAAUUCUGCAUUUAAUUUUGAUUUACUUGCACCAGCUUCAUCGGAUCUAUUAUCUUAUUUCAUGAAUGACAACAAAGAAUUUUAUUUUGAUUUUUAUCUUGUAUGGAAAAAUCCAGGUAAAAUUAAAAUUGAACGUGAUCGAUCUUCGAUUUGUUGUAAAAUAAAAUAUGUCGGCAAUCCCACGCGUUGGUCUCGUGCUGAACAAGCUCGUCUUUUAAUAUCAAAUGUUGAUAAGAAAAAAUCUUGUUAUUUCAACGGACGUGUUAUGCGCGAUAUAUUUUUUGAAACACUUCAUACUAUAUCUCCUGAUUUAAUACGUUUAAAUUUUUUUGAACAUUUAAUCUAUUUUGAUUUAAUUAUUCCUGUGGCAUCGGAUAAAUUUACAUGUCAUAUAACACUUCUUCCAUGUCUACAUUUAUCACAAGAGAAUGAAGUUUUACUACCAUUCGGUACACUUCGUUGGUAUCCAAGAUCACUCAUAUGUUCCAAGGAAAAUCCUGUAUUGAUUUCUCUUCAACAACCAUUGCAAAAUUUUUCAAUUCGUCGUUAUAUGUCCACAAAUGAUAUUAUUGAUGAAACAUCAAAACUUACAAAAGAAGAUCUACAAGUAUUCGCACGUGUUCGUACUAUUAUACGUGAAUUAUUAUUAGCAUGCACAUCAGAACAUAUUGAUAGUGUUGAACAACUGCAAUUACCUUUCGAAAAUGAUGAUAAUCAAAAUAGGAAAGGUUUCUUUAUAUCACAUCGAUUAGAUCGAAACUGUAAUAUAUUUCCAGCUGGACAAUAUUUAUUAAAUGAUAUAAAAGCUAAACAAUUCUUCAGAGAACUUUUACGAACGAACAUAAAAAUCGCACAUGAUGAUCAAACAAAUAAUAUUGAAACACGGAUUUGA